AGACUGAAGUGAGGCAGUAAGUCGGUGUUUUGGAACGGUGACGGUUGUGUGAAAUUGUGCGGCAAUAAUCUUGUAUUCAUUUUUACUACAUUACAAGUGUUACUGAGUUCACGAUGUCGGAUGAAAUCGCAGAGAAUGGAACGGCGAACGGAGACGUCCCGGAGAUCGAGCUGAUUAUUAAGGCAUCGACGAUCGACGGGCGACGGAAGGGCGCGUGCCUCUUCUGUCAAGAGUACUUCAUGGACUUAUACCUGUUAGCUGAACUCAAAACUAUCAGCCUAAAGGUGACAACAGUAGACAUGCAAAAGCCGCCGCCAGACUUCCGCACCAACUUCGAAGCGACGCACCCGCCCAUACUGAUCGACAACGGACUCGCCAUACUCGAGAACGAGAAGAUCGAGCGGCACAUCAUGAAAUCCGUGCCGGGCGGACACAAUCUGUUUGUACAGGACAAAGAAGUGGCAUCACUGAUCGAGAACCUAUACUCCAAGCUGAAGUUGGUGUUGGUGCGCAAAGACGAACAGAAGUCGGCGGCGUUGCGCGCGCAUCUCGGACGCAUCGACGCGCUGCUCGAGCGCAGGGGGACCAGGUUCUUAACGGGCGACACAAUGUGCUGUUUCGACUGCGAGCUGAUGCCGCGGCUGCAGCACAUCCGCGUCGCCGGCAAAUACUUCGUCGACUUCGAAAUACCGACGAGUUUCCGCGCGCUGUGGCGCUAUAUGUACCACAUGUACCAGCUGGACGCGUUCACGCAGAGCUGUCCCGCCGACCAGGACAUCAUCAACCACUACAAACUGCAGCAGCAAGCGACGAAAGGUUUGUUGUCGCCGACGCUCGCGCGGCAGCCGCGGCCCGCGCAACCGCCGCCGGACUCGGCGCUGAAAAUGAAGAAACACGAGGAGUUGGAGACGCCCACGUUCACGACAUCCAUCCCGGUUGAUGUGAACGAACAAGCAGCCGAGUAGAUCCUCAAGCCUUGGUACAACACUACAGUAUAGUCAUUUAACGAAACGAGCUGAUUGUGCGUGGUUUAGCGUUCAACGACAUACGAUAAAUCUAUUAACAUGCUAGAUUUGUCAGAGAAAAAAAUUGCGGGCAUAUGACAUUACAAGUUGGUUCCAAUUAGGAAUAUUUUUUUUUUAACCAUACGACGUGACGCGCGACGGCUCGUUUCGAUAACUUCAUCUAUACAUACAAUGGUCGUUUGUGUUUGCAAAAGUCGUAAACGUUAUUUUCGCAUAUUUACAUAAUGCCAAAAUUAUAUGUGUACCUAGUCUGUGAGUAAUUGAACGAAACGCAAUGUUCUGUUAGACUUUGUUAUAAAAAUACAAAUAUAAAGAUUGUAGUGACAUUUAAAAUAUCGAUUAAGUUUUAUUAUCGGUAAUUAGUACUGGUCGUUGGAAAUAUGUGAGCGUGUCCAGUGACGUCACGAAAUAUGAAAUUAGAAACUAUGUUAUUGGGGCAGUGUUACUAAAUAUGCCGAUUGCUGGACGGUCCACAGCUAUUUCCAACGAAUUUUACAGAAAGCAUUUUGAAAAUAGUUGUAUUAUUGGAUGCAUUUUUUAUUUUAGUCAUGUAAUCGAUAUGGCGACGUACUUAUGAGUUAUGUUAGCUGAAAUUAUCGAUGUCGUCGAUUAUUCACAGAUGAACAGAGAAGACAAAUAAACUGUACCAAGAUAUAAAUUGUGUGAUAAACAUAAUUCCAUCCGAUAGCCGCGCCCCGACUCGCCCGCACCGCCAUUACCCGAGUUGGUUAUCAAAUAUAUUUUGUAAUUGUAUAAAAUUUAUAAACUUAUUCGGUCGUUACUUUGAUAUGGUAGAGUGAAAAUCAAUGAGAUUGAUAAAUGGUUUGGUGCAAUCGAUAUGAACAUGUGCGUUGGAAGGAUUUAAUUGUGGGUUAUUUAUUAGAUAUCUAAACGUAUUUUACUGUAUUACCGAUAUUCGUAUACCUCCAUUACGAAACUCGAUUUUUAUUCAUAUCCGAUAGAGAUCGAGAAUUGACCGUGGCCAUCACUACUUUGAUUAAAGUUUUGAGAUUCAGUAAAUAUUUAAAUGUAUGUUUUGUUUCAUCAGAUCCAUAUUUUUUUUUAUUCGGCAGAGGUGCUGAACGAUGAUAUCCUUUACACUUGACCUUUAACAAAUUUAGUACGUAUAGUUUUCUAUUUAUGAAAGUAGAUAUCGUUUAACAUAGUUUUAGUUUAGUUACAGUGUUCAAAAACAACGAAUGUUCAGACAUGGUUUUGUAAUAUAAAUUCGCAAUAGGUUGUAAGAUUGGUUUCACAGUACUCAAGAUUUUUCUUAAUAUUUUUAUGGAAUUUUAAAUCCAUUUUGGUAAUGCCUCUGCCAAAAUUAUUUAAGCAUUUGUCAAUAUUGUUUUGUUUAUUUACAUUUUGUGAGCUCUUGCCUGCGUGAUGCCUUUGAGGUUAGUUUUAAAGUUGUACUUAUGUUUUUUGUUUCUUUUGUUUUUAUUGUUGGGACCUACAGUACGGUGUGAUGCUGUGAGGCUUUAAGUUGGACCACCUAUUUACGUAAUAGACCCAUGGAUCCUUUUAUUUGUCAAUAUAAGUUUUCUAUAACAUGGCAAAACAUAAAAAAUUACUAAAGCCCACCCUGCAACAAAACGGCGCACUAACAAAAUAUUUAAAAUUUAUGAUACAUAAAAUAUAUAUAUCAUCUUUCUACAAUUUGCUUCUAAAAUUUGGUUAAUUUUUUUAUAAUUCAUCUAGAUAUUUUGUCGGUAAUUUCAUAAUGAAAAUGUCGUCAACAUUGUUCCAUUCGUGCAAUUACUAAAAGACACAUAAUUUAAAUUUAAGAUAAUUGAGCAAGAAAUAUUUUAUAGUUUAAAAUUUUCAAAACGGCCUAAAAUAUUUUUUUACCGAAAUUAUUGAUGACGAAGAUGCGCCAUCACAUAUGGAACGAAUUGCUCAAAGAUGUUUGCUUAGGGAGGGGUCUUGAGAAAUACUAAUAUAUAAUUUUCUUAGGGAGUGUCAGAUGCAUCCAUUUUUUUUAAGUUAUAAUCAAAAAGGUUUUUUUACUUUAUAUAGGAAUUAUCUUUGUUUCUAUAAUAGUUGAAGUUUUUAGGACUUGAUUAUUGUGUAUUUAACAUGUUAUAGAAAAUUUUCGUGUGGCAAAGCACAUAGUACAGACAACAGAGACAAUGGCGAGACAUUCAACAUGUCAUUUGGACAAUGUAUAAAAUAUUAAUAAUUCUAGAUCAUAAUGUAAAUGUUAAGGAAUAAACCUGGAUAAAUAUUA